GUCACAUUUUUCUGGGGGCGUGCACUAUGCACAGCAGGAAGUGCAGACGAGCGAAUUGAGGAUUGUGCAGAAAUUGGUAAUGUUAGACGAAUGAAAGCAUAAACUUGAGCGGAAGUCAUGUCCUUGUCGGUUCAUCAUCCGUAACUGAGGCGGGCGGACAUCAUGGACGCAAGGCAUGCUGGGAGUGUGGCGGCGGUGGGCAGCAGGGACGCUGCAGUGUGGCAGCAAACACGCAGCCUCCUCUACAAGAACCUGCUCAUCAAGUGGAGGACCAAACAGCAGAGUUUGCAGGAAGUGAUCCUGCCGCUGCUGCUGCUGGCUCUCCUGAUCCUCAUCAGCACACACAACCCGCACGUGUCCUACGGCGGCAUCGGCACCGUGGAGCUGGAGCGCGAAGACCACAUGAUCAAGGGCCUGGGCUACACGCCCAUCACCAACGUGACCAACCACAUCAUGGAGGAGGUGGCCCAGGAGCUGCACAUGCAGGAACACUUGGAGAUGUUCGCCAGCGAGGAGGACCUGGAGAACGCCAGCCUGCACCAGCCCUCCAGCUACGUGGGCGUGGUGUUCAGAGACGCCUCGGCCACCUCGUACAGCCUGCGCUUCCCGUACAGCCAACUGCCGCGGCCCGGCGACUACACCGAGUCCAUCGCCAACUGUGUCAGCAGCUCGCUCAACUGCCGGGCGGCUAACUACUGGUACUCGGGCUUCAUCCGCCUCCAGUCGCUGAUUGAUGCCGCCAUCAUCCAGAUGCAGACCAAGCGCUCCGUGUGGAGCGAGAUGGACCUGAAGGCGGUGAUGAUGGGCCAGCCGGGUUCUGUGGAGGUGCAGAAGUUCCCCCACGCCCUCAUAUCCAUCUACCUGGUCCUGGCCUUCACCCCCUUUGUCACCUUCCUCAUCGUGAACGUGGCGGCUGAGAAGGAGCAGCGCCUCAAAGACACCAUGACCAUGAUGGGGCUCUAUGACUCCGCCUUCUGGAUGUCCUGGGGCCUCCUGUACGCCGUUCUGGUGACCGCCAUGUCCAUCUUGAUGUCGGUCAUCGCCACGUACACGGCGCUCUUCCCCAACAGUGACUUCUUCAUGGUCUUCUCCCUGGUCUUCCUCUACGGGAUAUCUUCUAUCUUCUUCUCCUUCGCGCUGACGCCGCUCUUCAAGAAACCAAAGUUGGCCAGCACGGUGGGCUCCAUGUUGACGGUGGUCUUUGGAUGUCUGUCCCUCUUCACGGUCCUGAUGAAGGACUUCCCCCAGCCGCUGGUCUGGAUGCUCUGCCUGCUCUCCCCCACCGCCUUCGCCAUUGGCAUCGCACAGGUGGUGUAUCUGGAGGCUCAAGGAGAUGGAGCUGUGUUCUCCUCCCUGACCAACGGCCCGCACCCGCUCUAUGUGCCGCUGCUCAUGCUGCUUCUGGACUGUGUGCUCUACCUGCUGCUGGCCGUCUACCUGGACCAGGUGCUCCCAGGAGACUUCAGAAUGCGGAAGUCCUUGUUCUACUUCCUGAAGCCGUCCUAUUGGUCCAGGCGCCACACGCGCUACGUGGAGGUCAGCUCCGUCUACGACACGGAGGCCAACGGCGCUCCAAACUCGGGCGAGUCCGUGGAGCCCAUCCCGCCGGAGUUCCGAGGCAAAGAGGCCAUUCGCAUCUGCAACAUCAGCAAGGUGUACAAGGACCGGGACAACACCGUGGAGGCUCUGCGAGGUCUGACCUUUGACAUCUACGAGGGCCAGAUCACGGCCCUGCUGGGCCACAGCGGCGCCGGGAAGUCCACCCUCAUGAACAUCCUGUGCGGCAUCUGCCCGCCCACCGACGGCUCGGCCUCCAUUUACGGCUCCCCCGUAGCCGAGGUGGCGGAGCUGAAGCAGCUGGUGGGAAUAUGUCCGCAGUUCAACAUCGUCUUCGACGUGCUGACCGUGGAGGAGCACCUCAGGAUGUUCGCCGCCAUCAAAGGGAUCCCGGCCGCGGACGUGGACGCCGAGGUCUCCAGAGUCCUGAAGGAUCUGGACUUGGAGAAGAUCAUGACGGCUCAAGCCAAGAACCUGAGUGGAGGCCAGAAGAGGAAGCUCUCCGUGGGCAUCGCCAUCCUGGGAGAUCCAAAGAUCCUGCUCCUGGACGAGCCCACGGCGGGCAUGGACCCCUGCUCCAGGCGCCAGGUCUGGUCUCUCCUGAAGAGCCGCAGGGCCGGCCGAGUCAUCGUCCUCAGCACGCACUACAUGGACGAGGCCGACAUCCUCGCUGAUCGUAAAGCCGUCCUCUCCCAGGGCCAGCUGAAAUGUAUCGGCUCGUCCAUGUACCUCAAGAUCAAAUGUGGCGUGGGAUAUCACCUCAGGAUGUCCGUCAGUGGCGGCUGCCACGCUGAGACCGUGUCCUCGCUGGUCCAGCAGCACGUGCCCACGGCCAAGCUGGCUCGCCAACACGAGGCGGAGUUGACCUUCACGCUGCCUUUUGACAGCAUGGACGCAUUUGCAGGUUUGUUCUCUGAGCUGGACUCUCGGCCCGGGCUGGGCCUCAUCAACUACGGCGUUUCCAUGACAACACUGGAGGAUGUCUUCCUGCGUCUGGAGGCGGAUUCUGAAGUGGACCAAGCAGACUACAGCGUCUUCAACCGGGACCCGAGCGAGGACGAGGGCGACAGCAUCCCCUCAGACGACGCAGACCAGCGGCUGCUGACCUUCUCCGACACGUCAGACGCGGUGUCGGGCCUGGCCCUGUGGCGCCAGCAGUUCAGCACGGUGGCGUGGCUGCACAUGCUCAACAUGUGGCGCGAGAGGAAGGCCUUUAUCUACACCCUGGCCUUGUUCCUGGUCUUUGUUGCCGUGGUGCUGGUCCUGUCUCUGACCACCGGGAACAUCCAGGUCCACUCGCAGGGCCGCCAGUUCCUGCCCAUCUACCUCCUGCGCAGGAACCAGCCCCAACACAGAUACAGCACCAGCCUGCUGCUUCACAACUCCUCAGGCUCCGAUAUUUCCGAGCUGGUCCACAACCUGGAAUCUCAGGACAUCAAGGUGGAAGUGAUGAGGCAGGGCGACUACAUGGCAGCCGCGCCCCACAGCGCCGCCAUCAACGUCACGGGAUCCAGCAAGGGCUUCAGGUACAGCGUGGCCUUCAACAGCACCACGGUCCACUCCUUGCCCAUGGCUGUCAACAUUCUGAGCAAUGCGCUGCUGAGAGGUCUGAAUGGCAGCGGACACAUCAGAACUUGGACCAAACCGUUCGACUACCAAAUCCCUGAAGCCACGUCCUACGUGCUGGUCUUCAUCGAGGCCAUCUUGCUGGGAAUGCUGGCGGCAGGCAUGCCGGCGUACUUUGCCAUGGACCACACUCGAGACCGAGAGCUCAAGUGCCGCUCCAUGCUGCACGUUUCAGGCUUGGUGCCGUCCGCCUACUGGUGCGGCCAAGCGGCCGUGGACAUGCCCUUCUUCUACCUGGUCCUGUCCUGCAUGACCACCGUCCUCUUCGCCUUCCACCCCGGCAAGCUGCUCACCUACAGCAACCUCACUGCAGUGGUCCUGUGUACUGUUGGCUUUGCCCCGGCAGUGAUCCUCUUCACCUACGUCUUCUCCUACGGCUUCACACGAGUGCAGAGCAACAAGGAUUUCUUCUCCGUCAUCUCCAUGAUGGUGUGUGUGGUGUCGGCCUCGCUGGUAAACCUGCCGCUGGUGAGCGACGACCCCGCCGUCACGCGAGCGCUGCACAGCGCCUUGUGCGUCCUCAACCCUCUUUACCCGCUCAUGGGCUGCCUCAACUGCAUCACCAAGGCCACCUUCCUGCCGUCCUUCUACGAGGACAACUUCCUGUGGAACAGCCGGCUCAUCGCGGUGUUGGCGCCCUACCUGCAGUGUGUCCUGCUGAUUCUGGUGCUGCGCUGGCUGGAGGUGCGUCACGGGGGCAGGACCGUGAGGAAGGACCACUUCUGCAGGAUCUCAUCCAAGACCAGCACCAAAGUGGAGCGCAACCCGGAGGAGGGGCUGAAGGAGGACGAGGAUGUUGAGAUGGAGAACGCCCGAGUGAAGGAGGCGCUGGACAGCCAGUCCUGUGAGGAGAAGCCGCUGGUGGUUGUGAGCAACCUGAGGAAGAAGUACAAGAGUCGCAGAGAAGAUGUGGCCCUCAACAAGAAUACAAGGGUGGCCACAAGGAAGGUCUCCUUCUGCGUUCGUAAAGGCGAGGUCCUUGGACUGUUGGGGCCCAACGGCUCAGGGAAGAGCACCAUCAUGCACAUGCUGGCCGGGGACCUGGAGCCCAGCGCAGGACAGGUGCUGAUGGCAGAUGAGGCCACGGACUCGCACCUGGGCUACUGUCCUCAGGCCAACCCUCUGUGGCCCAGAAUCACUGUGCAGGAACACCUGGAGAUCUACGCCGCCAUCAAGGGCCUGAGAGGACAGGACGUGCCCGCCAUCAUCAAACGUGUGCUGAGUGCGUUGGAGAUGCAGGAGCAUGUGCACAAGCAAAGCAAGAGUUUGUCAGGAGGACUGAAAAGAAAACUGUGCUUUGCGCUGAGUAUGAUGGGGGACCCGCAGGUGGUCUUGCUGGACGAGCCGUCAUCGGGGAUGGACCCCAAGUCCAAGCAGCGCGUGUGGAGGGCCGUGCGGGCCGCCUUCAGGAACCGGCAGCGCGGCGCCGUGCUGACCACGCACUACAUGGAGGAGGCGGAGGCCGUGUGCGACCGCGUGGCCAUCAUGGUGUCGGGACAGCUGAGGUGUAUCGGCUCCAUCCAGCACCUGAAGGCCAAGUACGGGCGAGGAUACAGUCUGGAGGUCAAACUCAGGGAGGGGCUCCAGCAGGGGGCGCUGUUGCACGAGCAGAUACUCCGAAUCUUCCCCCAUGCUGCCCGGCAGGAGAGCUUCGCUACAACCCUGGUGUACAAAGUCCCCAUGGUGGACGUCAAGUCCCUGGCCAAAUCCUUCUAUGAGCUGGAGCGCGCAAAGCAGAGCUUCAACUUUGAGGAGUACAACUUCUCGCAGUCCACUCUGGAGCAGGUCUUUAUGGACUUCGCCAAGGAGCAGGAGAACGAAGACGAGCACGACGUGGGCUCGCUCAGCACCACCUUCCAGUGGCGCCGACUACGCCAGGACUCUUCCGCCAACCACGGAGACAGCGUGGUGCACCAGCUGUGACGUACACGUCGUGUGUGUGAGUCCGCAAACACUGGUCUUCAGCGUUUUACGCGCCCCGUCCCAAGCGUUCCAAAGCAGCGUAUGUGCAGAACUGGUUUACUUUUAGAAGCCAGAGCAGAGCAGUACAUGUAGCACACAUGAGGGGCGGGGCUUAACUCCUCCCUCACUUUUGAUGCAUUGAUACUUUUGAAUGUAAGCUCCAGUGGGAAGCGGGGCUUGUGUGGUGUUGUCACCUGCGUGUGUGUUUGUGUGUUUGUGUGUGUUGAAUGUACAAAUUGUCACUUCAGUUGUAAUUGUUCUUGACCUUCAGGCCACAUUUUAAACUCAGAAUUUUACACGAUGGACUUGAAAGUGAAUUUAGUUUUUCCUCCUGAUCAUCUUGUGGAGCCUGAAGUAUAUCUGCAUGAGCCAAGCGUGACGGGGACAGGACUUUGCUAGCGUUGAAAGAUGCUCCUCGGCGGGCUGCAAGCCGUCCCAAAGCCCCUCUCGUCAGCGGUCAGCAAGGUAAGUGUGCAGCAUCUUGCAUCUGGCAACAUUCUUCUUUUCUUUUUGCAAACACUGACUUUUUACACCAAAUGACAAGUCAGAGGUGUGACUUGCUGCAGUCUUGUCUCCUCACACGGGGACAAGAUGGUGUCUGAUGUCUAUGAUUUGUGGUGUGUGUUGACGAGCACCACCUAGCCACCCAGGCGUCCAGUUGGUGUUUGACGCACCACCUAGGAAGAGGAGCAGGACUUUCUAGGUGCUGGUUCACUUGCACUACUUUUAUACCCUUGAUAUUAUGCAAUCUCUGUGUUGUCUGAUGGACCUUUCAUUAAUAAAUAUUCACCCUAAUAA